UGAAAAUAUAUUAUAUUUAAAGAAAUGGAUUUUGUGGACAUCCAUCAAAGUCAUUGUUAUCCUGAUAAUAAUGCAUCAUGCUUAAAAACAAUCAGAAAGAAGGAAAUUUAUUUAUUUUUUUAUGUUUUUGCAGCAGUUGUGAUUGUACUCACUGUGUUUGGAAACCUCUUGGUGAUCAUUUCGGUCUCACAUUUCAAGCAGCUUCACACACCAACGAAUCUACUUGUUCUUUCACUGGCUGUGGUGGAUUUUCUAAUUGGUUUGUUUGUGAUUCCUUUUGAGUUUUCUGAAGCAAUAGAAGAGUGUUGGUAUUUUGGGGAAACAAUUUGCCCUUUUUAUAUAAACUACAGUUCAAUUUUAGUUUUAGUAUCUGUUCUAAAUUUGAUGACCAUCUCUGUUGAUCGCUACAUUGCUGUGUGUCAUCCAUUCUUUUACAGCACUGAAAUAACAAAUGCAAGAAUGGGCUUUUGUAUUAUACUCAUCUGGCUUGUAGCACUGGUUUACACAGUGAUAUUUAUCUAUUUCACUGGUGGAGAGAUAGUAGCAGAUAAUUGUGUGGGAAUGUGCAGACUUUUUCAUUAUCAAGAAUGGUGGAUUGUACAUUUUAUUGCUAACUUUGCCUUGCCCGUUUCAGUCAUGAUAUUUUUAUAUGGUGUAAUAUUUCUAGUGGUAAGGAGUCAUGCAAGAGCCAUCAGGUCAGUAGUACAAAAUGUGGCAGAGGCAGAAAGCAAAAAAAGAACUUUGUCCAAAUCAUCAGAGAGAAAAGCUGCUAAAACAUUAGGUAUAGUAGUGGUCGUCUUUAUUAUAUUUGUGUCGCCGUCUUAUCUACUGAAUUUCCUUGCGUUGAGUUUGUCAGCUUCAAACAAGUUACUUACGGAAUUGAGUGAUUCGUUUUUUUUGUUAAGCAAUAUGAACUCUGGUGUGAAUCCAUACAUAUAUGCAUUCUUUUACUCCUGGUUCAGACAAGCUGUGAAAAUGAUUCUGACAUUUAAAAUAACUUCUCCAGCAUCUUCACUUUCUAAUUUUUUCACAGAAAAAUAACAUUUAUAUGGAAGAGAAUGAAUUCAAAUAUUUAGGCUAAUAUUUGGAAGCACGUUUGGUAAUUAUUUAAAGCUCUAAUUGUCCAUCUUGUAAAGAAAACUGAUGGUUUGAAAGAUGCUGCCUGAGAUAUUUUCUCAUACAUGGUCAAAUUGAUAUUAUUUUGCAAAGAAUUUUUGAUUUUCUUAACAUUCCACUGAGAAUGCAUGAAAUAUAUCAAAGACAAUAAUAUGAUGAUAAAACACAAAAACUGGUUCUUCAGUUUGUAAGUUACUGAAAUAAGAACCUCAAAAUUAACUCCUAGUAAAAUGAAAAUAUACUUUCUGAGCUAUUAAACAAUAUUAUAAUGGAAACGCUAAUGUAAUAAAAAUAUGUAAAAUAUCUGAUAAUACGAAGGGACAAUUGUGCAUUUAAGUUAAAGUUAAAUUAUAGUUUCCUACUUUGUUAUGCAUAGUACUCUAAACAGUCAUUAGAGUGUAAUUGACUUAUACCAGACUAGAUUUAUCAUACAUACACUAUGAUUAUGAGAGAUGGUAGCAAUAACUUUAUUCAUAAAAGCAGGCACAAAGGCUUUAGCUAGAUCACAGUGCGAUAAGAAAAACAACAUCUCAAAUAUUGUUCCAGUUGUGUCUAUAAAUAAAUUU